CAGAGUUUAGACUAGGGAUGGAUUUCUUGUACAAGGAGAGAGGUGCGGGCAAACGAACUGUUAAACCCAGUAAAGACUCGGAGCAUCUAGAAGCUAUUUUGGGAGAGGAAAGCGAUGAUUCAGAUUUUGAGGUAGAGAAACAUAAAGCUACAGAUGAGUCUGGAGCAGACUCCGAGGCUAGUGAUGGGUCAGCAGCCUCCGACAGAUCUGACCAGGAGGAGGACACAGACGAUGAAGAUGAAGAGGAGGAUGAUCUGCUCGAAUCCCCCGACAUGAUAUUGUUAAAAUUACCUGCUUGA